CAAUUCCCCCAACCCAACCCGAACCAAAAGCCGCAGGCCUGGGAUGGACCCGAAGCAGCUGGCUGCUCUGGUCUCCUCCCUUGUGUCCCAAGCGCUUCUCCUCCUUUCCCUGCCCUUCCCCCAUCCCAACCCUUGUGCCUCCGUCCCCAAUCGCAACAACCUCCCUCUAUUCCUCUUCUCCUCCCCACCCACGCCUCUCGCCCCUCUCCUCUCCCUUCUUCUCCACCUCCUCUCCUCCUCCUCCCACAUCGCCGCCUCCGUCCACUUCCUUCCCCACAAGCGCAAGCGCAAGCGCCACCAGCACCAACCGGAUCUACACGUCCCACGCCGCGGCCCCGACCACUUCCGGCUAUGCUUCCGCAUGACGUCCACCACCUUCGAGUGGCUCUCCGGUCUCCUCGAUCCCCUUCUCGACUGCCGCGACCCCGCUGGCUCUGCCCUCCGCCUUUCGGGCCCCACCCGCCUCGCCAUCGCUCUCUCGCGCCUUGCCUCCGGUGCUUCCUACCCUGACCUCGCCUACCGCUUCGGGGUGCCCGAGUCAGCCGCGCGCUUCUGCUCCAAGCAUCUCUGCCGCGUGCUCUGCACCAAUUUCCGUUUCUGGCUCACGUUUCCCUCUCCAUCGGACCUUACAACGGUUUCCGCCGGAUUCCAGGCAGUCGGCCAUGGCCUUCCCGACUGCUGCGGUGCCAUGGCCUGCACUCGCUUCGAGGCACGUGGCCAGUCUGUCGUCGCUGCACAGAUCGUGGCCGAUUCCUCAUCGAGGAUCAUACACAUUGCUGCUGGAUUUCGAGGGGAUCGCACAGAUUCCAGCGUUCUCAAGUGCUCAUCGCUUUAUAAGGAUGUGCAGGAGGGGCAAUUGCUGGGAGCAACACAGUACUUGGUUGGGGAUGGCCGCUACCCUCUGUUGCCUUGGUUGAUGGUCCCGUUUGCUGAUCCAGUUCGUGGUUCCUGCGAAGAGGACUUCAAUGCCGUUCAUCAAUCAAUGUGCCGGCCUGUGCUUCGGGUGGUUUGCAGCAUGAGGAAUUGGGGCGUGCUUAGUUCAUUAGGAGAAGAGGAGAAUUUUAAGGUGGCUGUGGCAUGCAUUGGCACUUGUGCUAUUCUUCACAAUGUGUUGCUGAUGAGGGAGGACUACUCUGCCCUAUCUGAUGUAAGCAAUGAGAACCAUAUGGGUUUAGAACACUAUGGGGAAGAUUUGGGAUUGGAGGACUUUUACUGUGAGAUGAAAGCUUCAACAUUGCGGAGCAUGUUGGCAGUGAGAGCGAGGGCAGCCCGAGAUUCAGGACAAAUUGGCAUUCCAUAAAUUACAAUUAGGACAGUUAUUGGACUAUUGAUGAAGAGGGAAGGUGUGGAUUAUGUUGAGAUUUUACAGUUAGAGUAGCUGAGCCUGUCCCAAGUUAAAGCUAUUCCCCAAGAGCCUUACUGCUGCCUACCUUCUUUGAAGUUCAACGUCAGCAAGAUAUUAUUAUUUUGAUCUCCAGUCUUGCCAUCAGAAAAGAUCAAACUUUCAACUGUAUUAGCUGUUAAUCCUAACUAGAGAAGAAGUCUUGUGAUGCCUUGUAUAGGAUGAGAAUCAACUUCGUUUUUCCAUCAUGAAAGAAACAAUAAGUUUUUUUUAAAUGUUUGGCACAAAGGACUGAUUCUAUUUCAAUUGGAAAUCUCAGCAUAUAACUAAAUGCACAGAUCAAGUUAUUUUGA